AUGGACAAGUAUUCAUCUGACGACGAAGACUCCUACUCAUCAAGAGCAAGCGACGAUGAGCCACUCAGAGGAGACACUGAAUUGGACGAGUCGGAGAGUGAUUCCGGUACCAGCGAUGCCGAAUCCAAAGCUGAUGAGAACAAAUCCAUGUCGCUUGCGGACCGGCUUUGCCAACAGGAAGAAAGAGAGUCCACGAUGCGGACCACGACAGCCUUGAAAGAUCAACGAGCACGACGCAUCAAGGCUCUCCCUUUGGCCAAGGAACGUAUGCAAGAAUUUCGUCGUAAUCAACAACAAAAGGACGACAGUAGUAACAACAAAGAGCUCCCCGUCAAGAAAACCAAGAAAUCCAAACAUGCUCCUGCCGAAGCCUCGUCGCGACGUCGACACAACAAAACUCUGAAUGAACGUGGUAUUGGCGUUAACAUUGGAGCUCACAGAUACCAAGCAAGAGACCCGCGCAUGUCCUCACUCAGUGGGCAUUUGGAUCAGGAACAAUUUGAACAUCAUUACGGCUUUUUGGCGAAAGUCCAGAACAAGGAGAUUGCCGCUACCAAGACUAAACUCAAGGCACUCAAGAUGCCGGGAAAGAAAGGACGGCGAACGCGACAAAAGAUGGGAAUCCAGGGUGAAACGGUAGAAGGGCUGCAAGAGCAGCUCCAGACGCUGCAGCAGACAGUGGCGCGACAGAAUCAAGAGAGUCUCGAACGAAAUGCCAAAAAGGCAGUCAAGAAAAAGCUACAAGCACAAGUGGCCGAAGGAAAAGGAGGAAUGUAUUUCCCCAAACGACGCGAACUCAAGCAAAUGGAAAUGGAAGCGAAGAUUGCCGAUAUCCAGAAACGAAAGGGAAAACGAGGGCUGGACAAUUACCUCGCCAAACGAAGAAAGAAGCAAAAGUCGAGAGAUGCCUCGCGAAUGAAGAACAUGGAGCCUUUCAGGUGA